UUGUGAAAUGAAAAAAUGAAAACCCUCUACGUUAUUGGGCCGGCAGUGGAGGCCCAUGAACAUGUCGCUCGGCAGGAUACGGUGGAAAGACCAAAGAGCUCUCGCUUUCACUCGCUAAGCCCGCAGAUUACCACCACCGUCGAGUUCUUCUCCGACUCAGCAACAGACACAAGCAGACCGAAGAAGCUCAACGUUCUCCGAUUUCUCAGCAGAGAGAAGAAGAAGCUUAAGAGGUGGACAAUGGGUGGUGGAGCAGAUCAUGGGCACGGGCACGGGCACGGACACGGGGAGGUCCACGGCGACUUCAGGACCAAGGUAUGGAGCAUGACCGGAGGGCCUUAUUGCAGGCCCAAGCACUGGAAGCGCAAUACCGCCAUCGCUAUGUUCGGCGUCUUCCUCGUCUGCAUCCCCAUCGCCAUGACGUCCGCCAAGCUCGAGCAACGGCCUCAUCCCCCCGUUCGCCCCAUUCCUUCGCAGCUCUGGUGCAAGAACUUUGGUGAUAAGGAGUACUGAAGAAGUCUGCAAUGGCAAAUAACCGAAGUGCUAAGUCCCGCAGCAGAUUGAAGUGGCUUGUGCCUACUCUUUUUUUUUGGAUUUGAGACAUCCAGUUGAGAUUUUGGAUCAUACGUGUCUGAACUGAUGACAGGUUGCCUCCCUUUUUUUUUUCUUUUUUUUUGGUUGUUGUCAUUCAGCAUCCAAUAAGCAGUGGAUGAUAAUCCGAUUUGCUUCAAUAUAAGGCACGUCCGAAGCUACUCGUUCCAGCUGAACAACUAGAAUCGUUCCUUCUAA